AAGAAAGGGAGAGGAGCAGGGAGAGAGGUGGAAUAAAGAAAAACGGCUCGAAGGGAAAGAAAUCAUGGUGCGUCACAGCCUGGGUCUGUCCACUCGCUCCAUCUACCUGGGACUGGCAUGUAUAUCCCUAACUCUCCAUCUUCUUUUGGCCGUCUUCUGCCUCUCCGUGCUCCAAUCGGCCUGCGUGCUUCCCACCUCCUCGUCUUCCACGUCUUCCUCCUUUCCAAAGAUAGAUCCAGUCUCGCACGCCUCCUCUUCUUCUGCUGCCGCUUCUUCAGAUAAACAAGUGACCAGCCACCAACACGGUGAACGCCACAGGCCCACUCCCGGUGCACCUGGCCCUGAAGGGAAUGGUUCAUUCAGCGAGAACACUGAAGAGGCGAAGAAACUAAUUGGAGCUGGAAAUACGGUCCCAAAGGACAGGGGCCGCUCCAAGCUCGAGGAGCUGUUUAGACAUCCGUUAUACAACCUGCCACGUUCCGAGCUGCAGCAAGAUGAUUGGCUGCUGAGGCUGAAAACAGAUGAGGAGGCAGAGGAGGUAGAAAAUGAAGAAACGGCAACAGAUGACUCCAUUACUAGUGAUAGUGACUGGCAAAGUGCCAGUGAGGAGGAAGGCUAUGAUAAAGUCAGUUGGACAAGAGAUAAGGAGACCCAUCCUCCCUGGCUGCGGUUUCACCUAGGCAUCUCUCGCUGGGAGCUGUAUGACAGGAAAGACCUCAACCUGGCCCAGCUGACUCAUUAUUUGGCAACGCAGCGCAUCCUGGGAGCCGUUCAGAAGAAAGGAGGCACCCAGCUGAAACUGCUCGUUUCGUUCCCAAACUAUGGCCAAGCUCUGCUCAAACCCAUGAGACAGCCCAGGGAUGCUGAGACAGAUGUAAACCUGUUUUACUUCUCAGACUUUGAGCGACACAAUGCAGAGAUUGCUGCCUUCCACCUUGACAGAGUGCUGGGCUUCAACAGGAUCCCCCCGGUGGUGGGCCGACUCAUCAACGUCACCACCGAGAUUAGAGACAUCACCACUGACGAGAGGCUCUCCAGGACCUUCUUCACCUCCCCAGCUGGGAAUGUGUGUUUCUACGGCCAGUGCGAGUACUACUGUUCAACGGAGCACCCUGUAUGCGGUAGGCCUCAUGCUCUAGAGGUCUCUGUGGCUACCAUGCUGCCUGACCUCAGCCUCGCUCCCCGCAGGUCUUGGCGGUCCCCGUGGAGACGGUCCUACAGCCGCAAAAAGCUGGCACAGUGGGAAAAGGACCCCGCUUACUGUGACACGGUGAAGAAGACGCCUCCUUACGACCAUGGCACAAGACUGGUGGAUCUCAUAGAUAUGGCUGUGCUGGACUUUCUCAUGAGCAACAUGGACCGACAUCACUAUGAGACAUUUGAGGAAUUUGGCAACGAGACUUUUCUCCUUCACCUGGACAAUGGACGGGCAUUUGGGCGGCACUCUCAGGAUGAGCCGUCUAUUUUAGCACCUUUGGCACAGUGUUGCAGAAUCCGUCGCUCCACUCUCCUCCGCCUGAGGCUCUUGUCCCAUCCUGACUUUCGUCUGAGUGAUGCCAUGCGGGAAUCGUUGGCCCAGGAUCCUCUGACAGCCGUGGCCCCCCUCCUCUCUGAACCACACCUGUCUGCUUUGGACCGACGCCUAGCAAUUGUCUUGAGGGUUGUUCACACAUGCCAGGAAAGAAACAAGGAUGUUAUUUAUAACGAUUUGGAUCAAUAUGACGAUCAAAAGCUUGAGUAUAAUCCAUGACAAUAAAUUAUGUAUUUUCUAUA